AUGCGCAUCAACCCCACGCUCACUCGGUACGGCUACAUUGGUACAGCACCCCUCGAACCCUCCGUCGCGAUCUCCUUCCAUGUCCUUGAGGCCUUCCGCGCCCAGCAUCAUGCCUGCCCUCGAUUCAGCAUCCAGGCGCAGGUGAAAGCCCUCUGCCGCCUGCAGGCUGUUCCAUACAAGCCCUAUCUCUGUACACAAUUCCGUAUUGCCUACGACGUCUAUCUCGACAUUCUAUAUCGCGUCGACAGCCUCAUCAACACAGCGCUUGGGCACGACCUCCCGGAUUGGCGCAUGCGGCAUGCCUGUGCACCCUGCCUCUAUGUGCUCGAGGGCGAAGAUCCAUUGACCCCAGCUCUCCUCGCCACCAUGGACGGUAACCAGUCCCUCAAGCUCGUCGAUGACGCGUUCCGCCCUGGCACAACACGUGAGGAUCCCCGCACCGCGCGCACAGACCUCUGGCUAUCCCCAGAAGAGGUUGACGUCUACAAGGAUGAUGUCCAUUCGAGCCGAGUACGCGCGGCUGCUCCACAAGACGAUGACAUGGACUGGCUCAACGUCAAUCAAGGCGACGUUCUCGCCGAGCCCGUCACUGUCUGCAUGGAACGCUGGCGCAACGCUGGCCCCGAGGCGCGAAAGAAGAUGUUCGCGCUGUUCUCCAUCACUGGGAUCUUCGUGGCCGUUUGCCGACAUGGCCAGCUUCUGAUCAUGUGCGACAUGAUCCGAAGCGGUGAGCUCAUGAAAUAUCCGCUCGCCAUCGUCGCGAAGAUGAUCGACGUAUACGGCAACGACAUCAAACUCGGCUAUGACAUAGCAUGCGCGUUCGCGAAGACUGUGGAGACAAGCUCCAUUGGCGCAAAGGCGUGGGCGGCGCGCUUCUCGGGCGUCGUAGCCGCCUUCCAUGGCUAUAGCCACAACAGGGGAUGCCAACUGGACUGGCAUCCUCUGUAUACGGAAGGCGUCGGUAAGGAAGACUUCGAAGGUUGUGAACGCCUGUUUUCUGAAUCCAAUGCGCUUGCUGCGGGUACGCGGCUUUCGACUGCCUUCCACCGCCAUCAAGCAAUUGAGGAGUUUUUCGGGCACUGGGCUGAGCGAAAACAUGUAGAAUCGGCCUCGUUCAUCUGGAACAACUACCGGCAAGCUCUAGAAAUCAUUCGUCUCGAUGGUGAGGUCGUCCGAGUGCUGUCAGAUGAACUACGAGCAGGACCAGCCGAAUACGAGAACUAUGUUGCAGAAGAGCGCGCGUAUCUACGUGGCCUGAAGGCGGAACCAUUGUCGGUCAGCCGUCGGAUCGAUUACCUGGAGACAGAAUACGUCUGUGCUGAACACAUGAAGCGCAUCGGUGCCGCAAACCCCAACGAAACAACCAUUCUAUCACUCUACUCAAGCGCGUUCGGGCGUUGGAAAGCCCUUGACGAAGAAGCACGAAUCAUCGAGCUUGAGCUCGAGCUUGCCGACCGUUGGCAGCCAGCAGACGCGAUAUACAGGCAGUACCUCGGUGAGCUCGAUCGACGGAAAUACAGGUGCGCGCUCGACAACCUCGAGCGCCUGGUCGUGCAGCGUCUCCUUGAGCUCACGAAGCUGGGAAUGAGUGGCACAGGGUACAAGAUGCGCGAGAAGAUUGGGAAGGCACUGAAGACCCGCGCAGAAGCAGUCCGAAAAGCUCUCACCGAGUACAAUCGCCGCGCCGCCCAGCUCGUCCCGCCACGGCCGUCGCUGACAUGGUCCGAGGUGAUGGAAAUGACAACGUUAUCGGAGUUCGACCUGCUACGAGACGCACGUCAAGAUAUCCGACAGCUCCCAUGGGCUCGCAGAGCAAAUCGCAAAGCCAUGACAGCGUACUUCAAUGUCAAACGAGCGGGCGAAGAAAUCAAACGUCUCAACGUGGAGAUGGUACGGCUCUUUACCUUCAUUAUUGACGAGCACUACGACUUCUAUCAUGCCAUCUCUCGCAACCUCAUCUCGAGGCCGGAACUCGCUCACGAACUCUCGACAAGGUGGCUUUACCGCAAUCAGGUAAACGAAACGAUCGCGCACCGUCUCUACAAGGUCACGCAGCUCCCAGGUUACACUGGGAAUCUGCUGCACGGUCGCCGUCCAGGUCGCGACCUGGCGUCUUCGUUUGGGUUGCCUCUCCCGACGUGGGCAGCAUGGAGCAAUGGUGCCACUCUACUACCGCGCGACGAGGCUCGCACUGACGACGACGAGAGUGACGAUGACGAGGAUGUACCAGGGAUGGAGGGUGAACAAGAGGCUGCACAAUUCCUUACGUUCGUAGAUAAUCUCGGAGCACAAUCGGCAGACGUUACAGAGAGUGCGGCGGAACUUCUCGAUUAG